AUGGCCUAUGAGACCGAAGACCAUGAGACUCAAUACUGCUUUCCUGACAUUAACUCAUCAUGCAUCAAGACAAAACGCUCCACACAUGAAUACAAUAUCAUGUAUGUGUUUAUUUCAUUGCUGUCAUUAUGGACUGUGUUUAUGAAUCUGCUGGUGAUCAUCUCCAUCCAUCACUUCAAGAAGCUUCACACUCCAACCAACAUGCUCAUUCUCUCUCUGGCUGUGGCCGACCUGCUCAUAGGACUUAUUGUCAUGCCCUUGGAGGCGAUUAGGUUUACUGAAACAUGUUGGUACUUUGGAAACACUAUCUGUAGACUGUUUAUAUUAAUCUUGAUAUUGGUCCUCAAUACAUCUCUGAGUAAUUUAGUUUUAAUUGCUCUUGAUCGUUUCAUUGCUGUGAUUUACCCUUUACUGUACACACAGAAAAUAACUAUGACUAAAAGUUUAGUGGGAAUUUUCCUCAGCUGGUUUUGCUCAUCUGCUUAUAUGUCUGCCAUUGUAGUCAGUAAUGGAUGUUUUGACCCUGCGUCACCUUGUGACAUGUGUUAUGGAGAGUGUACCUUUAUUAUUAAUUUUGGUUGGAGAUUGAUAGAUCUCUUUGCUUAUUUCUUGUUUCCUUGUAUCACAAUCAUAACUUUAUAUAUGAAAAUAUUUUAUGUUGUACAUCAGCAAGUUAAAAUUAUAAACUCUCUGGUGAAGAGAGGAAACGAUCUAACAGAAGGUUCAGUGAAAAGGAAAACUGAGCACAAAGCUGCUUUAACAUUAGGUAUCAUUGUGGCAAUUCAUCUGCUUUGCUAUAUACCCUUUUAUAUAUUUUUUAACACAGGAAAUACAGUAAUUCCUGAAAACGCUGCCAGUUUUAUAAUAUGGACUAUGUAUAUGAACUCAAGUGUAAAUCCCCUCGUCUAUGCUUUCUUUUACCCCUGGUUCAGAAAGGCACUUAAACAAAUCAUAACUCUUAAAAUAUUUCACCCUGCAUCCACUCUGGUGGACAUUUUCACCAUAGUGCAUCCAUCUGUGUAG